UAAGCCUCGGCACAUCUCCUCACAUCGCUACUAACUACACUUUAUUCAUCCUCCGUGUCAGGAUAAACUCCACUCGUCUCAGUCAACUUUGGACAUUAUUAGGCCCGCUUAGCUUAGUUUUAGCGCGCUAGUUAGCUUAGCUUGCUAGUUCUUUUAGCGCGCUAGUUAGCUUAGCUUGCUAGUUAGCUUAGCUUGUUAGCUGCUAACAAAGAGACGCGGAUUUGAUCAAAACAUUGCUUAGUUAAGAUCAAGUGUGAGUGUAAAGUGUUGUGAUUGUGUGAAAAUGUGCGGAAGAACGAUAGCAGAGUACAAAGAGGAACUUUGUCCAACAAAAGAGGAGAAGGAGCGACAACAUCAACUACUGGACGCUGUUUUCAAGAAACAUCAAGUUGUGUUACACAGAACAGACGUCUGUGAAGAACAUCUUUACCCUGAGCAACAGAAGUGGAGCUUCAGGAUGCGGACGAAGGUGCCACAGCCCUCCCACAUUAAGAAGGAAGAGGAAUACCCACUGAUCCCCCAUUUUAAAAAGGAAGAGGAGGACCCACUGACACCCCAUUCUAAAGAAGAAGUGGUGGAUCCACUGAGCCUUCACAUUAAGGAGGAAGAGGUGGAUCCACUGAGCCCUCACAUUAAGGAGGAAGAGGUGGAUCCACUGACACCCCGUUUUAAAGAGGAAGAGGAGGACCCACUGACACCCCAUUUUAAAGAGGAAGCGGUGGAUCCACUGAGCCCUCACAUUAAGGAGGAAGAGGUGGAUCCACUGACACACCAUUUUCAAGAGAAAGUGGUGGAUCCACUGACCCCUCACAUUAAGGAGGAAGAGGUGGAUCCACUGACCCCUCACAUUAAAGAGGAAGAGGAGGAACACAGCAUCAGUCAGCAGGGAGAGCAUCUUGAAGGACUGGAGGAGGUUGAUGUCACCAAGAUGCCAGUGACUGGUGUCCCUGUGAAGAGUGAAGAUGAUGAGGUCAAAGGUGAAAGUGAGGAGAAGAGAGAGGCGGAGCCUCCAAGCAGCAGCUCAACUCAACACAUGACAACAGAAGCUGAUGGAGACCACUGUGGAGGAUCACAAGCAGACAAGCUCUUAGCUCCACUAUCAGAUAGUGAGGACACAACGUCACACUCUCCUGACACUGAUGAUGAACACUCUAAAGAUGAUAAGACAUGUCACACUGACAACACACACUUCACAUGUUCUCACUGUGACAAAACUUUUAAAUACCAUUGUCAUCUGGUAAGACACAUGAGAACACACACUGGAGAGAAACCGUUUUCCUGCUCAGAAUGUGGCAGAGAGUUUAGACUAAAACCCAUGCUGAAAGAACACAUGAGAAUACAUACUGGAGAAAAACCUUUUUCAUGUUCAAUCUGUGGUAAACAUUUUACUCAAGGGCGACAUUUGAAGAGACACAUGAGAAUACACACUGGAGAAAAACCUUUUUUAUGUUCAAUCUGCGGUAAAGAUUUUUCUCGAAGGGACUUUUUCAAUGCACACAUGAGAAUACACACUGGAGAAAAACCUUUUUCCUGCUCAGAAUGUGAUAAAAGUUUUGUAAUAAAUCAAAGUUUAAAAGUACACAUGCGAACACACACUGGUGAAAAACCUUUUUCAUGUUCAAUCUGCGGUAAAGAUUUUAAUCAUAAGCACCAUUUCAAAGCACACAUGAGAAUACACACUGGAGAAAAACCUUUUAUAUGUUCAGUAUGUUGUAAAAGUUUUAUACAAAGACAUAAUUUGAAUGUACACAUGAGAACACACACAGGAGAGAAAGUGUUGAGUUGCAGUGUGUGUGGUGAAAGAUUCUCUUAUAAGUACCAGUGUAAGAAACACAAGUGUGCUGGUGAGAACAGCAGCAGCAAAUGAAGAUGCAGGAUUUGAAACAAACUUUCUAACAACAUCAGCACUUAUAACGUGUGACAUCAUUGUUGUGUGUGUAACACAAUCUUGUUAAUAUAAUUCUAACAUUUAUAGAUUAGACACUUCAGAUUAGUGCUUUUAUUUCAGUCAAGUACAUGAGUUAAUAUACACAUUUGUGUACUUUAAAAUUAACAGAACAAUUUGACUGAAAAGGUGAGAAUAAACAGUACAUAAAUAGUUACUUAAAGUAAACAUUUUAUGUGUAGAUAUUCAUAAUUCACUUUUAUACUUAUUCAUAAUAGUGUUUUAUAUAUGUUUUUUUUAAAUAAUGAAGUGUUACAUAUUUUAUGUUCUAAUUGUAAAUGAUUCCAUCGAUGAAUCAAUUUAAGUGGACCCCGACUUAAACAAGUUGAAAAACUUAUUCGGGUUUUACCAUUUAGUGGUCAAUUGUACGGAAUAUGUACUUCACUCUGCAACCUACUAAUAAAAGUUUCAAUCAAUCAAUCAACUCCUUUAUAUGAUAUACAUAUUUGUUUUACAUGUGUUCAUACCUUUGCUUUUGAGUACACAUAAAUCCCUCUUAGUUCAUAUUUACUGGUUCACAUCUGAAACAUCUUCUGGACCACUUCUGGAAGCAUAUUAUUAUUUACUUUAUACAUCAUUUGAGCAGUUGUGUUUUAUACAAGAUCAUUUACUUUUAAAAUGUGUGACUUUAUGAAUCAUUUGUUGGGUCUCAAUAAUCCAUUCUAUUAAUUAUAUUUAUUACUCUC